UAGUACGUCAACUCUUCAAGCUCAUUCUCUCUGAGUCAUUCGAAGAUGGUGCGCGCUGAUGAUUCGGACGACGCCGAUCCGUCGACCUACGAUCGCUACCGGGAGCUGAAGCGCUUCGACGAUUCCAAAGCGGGCGUCAAGGGCCUCGCCGACUCCGGCAUCGCCAAGCUCCCCCGCUUCUUCGUCCGCCCGCCGGAGGACAUCGCCGCCGACCAGCCCGGCGGCUCCUCCUCCGGGCUCGAGAUCCCGGUGAUCGACCUCGGGAGCCUCGCGGCGGGCCGGCCGGCGGCGGUGGCGCGGGUCCUGGCGGCGGCGCGCGAGGUGGGGUUCUUCCGGGUGGUGAACCACGGGGUACCGGAGAGCGCGCUGGCGGGGGCGCUGGCGGCGGCGCGCGCGUUCCACGAGCUGCCGGGGGAGGUGAAGGCGGGGUACUACAGCAGGGAGGCGGGGAGGAAGGUGAAGUUCCGGAGCAACUUCGAUCUGUACAAGUCGAAGCACGCGAGUUGGAGGGACACUCUGUUCUGCGUCAUGGGGCCUGAGCCGCUCGAUCCUCUGGAGUUGCCUCUGGUCUGCAGAGACAAGAUGAUGGAGUAUUCCAAGCAAGUUAAGGCAUUAGGGAUCACUCUGUUUGAAUUGCUAUCAGAGGCGCUUGGUCUGAAACCCGACCAUCUUGUAAAUAUGGACUGCGCAAAAGGGCAUGCUCUUCUCAGUCACUACUAUCCAGCUUGCCCGGAGCCUGAUCUGACUAUGGGCACCGCCAAGCAUUCUGACCCUGACUUUCUUACUAUCCUUCUCCAAGACCAUAUCGGGGGACUUCAAAUUUAUUAUCGAGAUCAAUGGGUUGAUGUUCCACCUGUGGCUGGAGCUCUAGUUGUCAACAUUGGGGAUCUCCUUCAGCUUAUGUCGAAUGACAUUUUCAAAAGUGUUUGGCAUCGGGUGUUGGCAAACCAUGUUGGCCCUAGAUUAUCCGUGGCUUGCUUUUUCACUCUUCAUCAUUAUCCCACGACAAGAAUGUAUGGCCCGAUAAAGGAAAUAUUAUCAGAAGACGGGCCACCGGCUUUGUAUCGAGAAGCCUCUUUUCGCGAGUUCAUCGCAUACUAUGGCUCAAAAGGACUCGAUGGUAGUUCAGCUCUGACGCAUUUCAGGUUGGUUCAAUAGCCAUUUGACUACUAUACUGGAUUGCUUAAAGUUCAAGCGACAAUCAGCACAAAAUAUAUGUAGAAUGAAGGAGGAUGUACCGAGUAGAAUGUACUGAGGUUUGAGAGCAUGAUUGUAUACCGAAAGAUGCCUCUUUGUACACUGAUGUUUCCGUGGCUCUUCUAAUGUUGAUUUCUGCAUAUAUAUGUUUGAACAGAUAGGACCGUCGUAUUAGGUUGAUCGGUUCAUUAUGCCAGAUAAACUCAAUAUCUUUAGCGACAUCAAACACCGACACCAUUGAGCAUAUUGAUCCGUUGAAUGUUAUGUUGCUUGUGCUGAAGCUUUCUCCA